CUUUGAACACUUCCGGGGCCAAGAAACCAGCUUCCUUCCGGAACGGCGCUCUGCCUCACGCGGUGGCAGCGGCGUCAGAAGAGCGUUUGCCACCAUGGGCGAGCCACCUGCCGAUGUGCGGGCCUUCCUGCGCCAGCACCCCAGCCUGAGGCUGCUGCCCAACACUCAAAAGGUGCGCUGCUCUCUAACCGGCCAUGAGCUGCCCUGCCGUCUGCCGGAGCUUCAGGUCUACACCAGCGGCAAGAAGUACCAGCGGUUGUCGGGUACCUCCUCUGUCUUCGAUUACACAGCCUUCGAGCCACACAUCGUGCCCAGCACAAAGAAUCCGCACCAGCUGUUCUGCAAACUCACACUGAGACACAUCAACAAGAUCCCAGAACAUGUACUGAGGCACACCCAGGGCCGGAGGUAUCAGAGAGCACUUAAGCAAUAUGAAGAGUGUCAGAAACAAGGUGUGGAGUAUGUCCCUGCCUGCCUACUGCACAAGAGGAAGAAGAGGGAGGACCACAUGGAUGGAGAUGAGCUAACCAGCCAGAGAACAGCUUUCUGGGAGCCAGCUUCCAGUGACGAGGGAGGAGCCUUGAGUGAUGACAGCAUGGCAGACCUAUACCCACCUGAGCUGUUCACAGAAAGAGAUCUGGGCAAGCCUGAGAACAGUAACACUCCUGAGGACUUUCUGACAGACGGAGAGGAUGAGAAACCAAAGCAUUCAAAAGAGAAGGCCACUGGAGAGGGGGGAGAAGCCAAGAUGGACCACAAGAGGGGCCGUAAACUCAAGAAGAAGCAGCUUACCUCGUUGACCAAGAAGUUUAAGAGCAGUCAUCACAAGACCAAGAAUUUCAGUGUCUUUAAGCAGCUGGGGAGGUGAAACCUGCAAAGAAGCCUUUGGGUAUCUUGGAACUGGCUACUGAUGUCCUGACAUUGGCUGUUGCCCGGAGUGGACCUGGAGGCUCUGCUCAGAAGACAGCAGCAGCAGUGACUUGAAGAUUCUUCUCCAGGCAUGACUUUUUUUUUUUUUUUUUUUUGUAGUCUUCAGUGACCCUUGCUGUAGCUCACUGUAGCAUCCUGAGCCUGGCCAGGUCCCCACCCUGGCUGGUCACCACAUAGGAUCACACUAUAUACCACAAAUGUCAUUAUUUAUUUUGAUGUUUCCAAAGAUCAAAACAUUUCCAAACACAACUAAGAUAUAAAAUACAGCAUAAAAAUGAGGUUUA